UUUGAACAAUUCGAGCCAGUUGGCUUCAAAGACCUUUGUUGCACUACACCUCAAUGUACUCAAUGUGUAACUAAUAGCUGAUGUUUCACGCACGUCGAAGAUGUUGAUGUUUUCGAACUCCCAUACUAACAAACACUUUCACUUGAUCCAACUGACUUGCUCUCAUGUAAAGAGGGAAAUUGCACUCACCUGUUCAUCUGUGUGUCCCAUUCUCUCUACUGAGCACUCCUUUAUAUGCAGCGAUUUCAUAGUAUUGGGUGCAGGGCCGCUGAACUGGAAAGUUCCUACAACUAAAGCAAGAGGACAUUAAUAUUUUUAAUAUAUAGAAAUUCGGUUUCCCCCUAUAUAUACCCCGUCGAGUUCGAGUCUUUAGGAAGAGCGACAUCCCCAUGAGUCACAUACUACACUAUCGGAGUGGGCAAACCCUUUGUUCCCCAUCAUGCCCAAUCGAGCACAUCGACAUCCCGCUUAACAAGAUCAAGGAGCCACCCAAUUUUUGGCCCGAUACCCGCGGUCUCAAUAGCUUAAACUAUAGCCGGGAUAAUUGGCUAAAUGGAGAUGCAAUCGAGACGUCUAUAGCAGAGUAUUGCCGCGGCCUGCCGCAGGCUUUGCAAGACAAGAUCGGGUUGGGGGUUCCAGGUCUCAAGCCCGAUUUUUGGGCUAAGGGGCCCAAAGGUUCCGAAGCCGUGGAAAUGGCAAUUAAGGUACCUAUGAAGCGCGCCCUGGCCAAUCUUAAAAGAACGGAGUACAGCAUCUUUCCAAUUUGCUCAAAUGAUAUGCACUGGGUCCUCGUCUUCAUGCAUAAGGCUUUGCGUGAGGGAACGACGGAAUGGUUGCACGUCGAGGAUCUGGUUGUCAUAGAUCCGGAACGCAAGAAUACAACGAUGAAUAGGGUGAGCUCAAGACUGCGCGAAUGGCUUCUCCGGGCUGGAGAUUUUUCCUUCUCACCCUCCAGUACAAAAAUCGUGUGGAUCCCUGCACAGAGAGACUCCACCUCGUGCGGCCCGCGGGCUUACUGGAAUGCUAAGCAAAUGAUAGAUCGCCUCCUUGAGCUGGAGGAGGGAGUCAUCAGCCCCGAUGAUCUCUAUAGAGAUCUCAGCGGGUGGUUUAAUGAGGAGUUCGUGCGUGCCGAAAUGACGGGGCGGUGCGCUUGGGCAGCGGUUCGCGCUAUGGACUACAAGGCUCGGAUAUCCGUAGAAUGCGUCAACCAGGUAAGAGACUACAGUGGCGGUAGGCCGGGGCCGUGGCAGAGCGCCAAUAGUAUGAUGAGACCCGUCAAUAUCAAAAACAUGAAGCCAGAGAAGCGGCCACAUGUGCACACGGGUUUUCCUGACAACGACGCCGAUUACGGGAUGGGUUUGGAGAAUGUCGCUCCUCCUGAGGAGCAGCCCGCAGAAGACAAUAACGUUGCUAUGCUCGAUUCGCCGCCACCAAUGCCUGUCCCGCCAAGAGAUUGGACACCUCCAGUUCCUAUGCCAAACCAGCAUAAGCUAGUACCCGAUCUGAACGUUGGAAGUAAGGAUGCGGUGAUUGUUGAUGACUCUGAUGACGACGAGCUCCAACCCACAAGCAAGGGCCCUGCUUUCUCUCCGAUUCCUCCGGCGUCGACACCACUCAUAGUCCUCGAUGAUUCCAACGACGAACCUCCGGCCAUGAGUCAGGAUAUUAGAGCCUCUAAGAGUUCCGAGCCCCUAAAUCUGUUUUCGUCCAUCGACAAGACGCCAAGACCGGUGACUCGAGACGGAAACCCAAAAUCCGGAACUGCGCAAACGGCAUACGGACUAAACACGCCAAUUUCUUCCAAAGUCGACCCAUCCACGGGCAAUCCUAACAGUUCGUCGAUUACAGGUCUCACGACACCUCUUAAACGACAGCCUAAUAAUCUCACUCCCUCUCCCUCGGCCCCACGCAAGCCCGCCUCCCAAAUACCGGAGUUGACUCUGGCCCCAAAGAUUCUAUUCCCCCGGCGAGAAUCUAAAAGCCCCACGCCCAACCUACCCGUGACCUUCCCCAGUCCGAAGCGGAAGGCCUCGUCGACGCUACCUGCAGCAGACACGGACUCAUCGCCGGCUAGAGAUACUACUCGGCCCAGUCCCAAGCGCAGGGCCAUAAUGCAAUUAGGCCUGGGCCCGUCGAACUGGAAAGCCACGCCGUCGCCCGCUCCCUACACGGGGGAAUCGAUAAGUCUUACUCCGACCGCCAAGGGCUCGCGGAAGCAUGCCCGCGCCGACGACGACGACGAGGUCGCGUAUGUUCUUGGCCCGGCUAGUCGGAAGCUCAAGUCGAAAAAGAAUGCGAAGGGGUACAAAGCUGUUUCAUGGCUUUUCCAGUAAUAGGUAGAUAAAGUGGGAUAUUUAAGUUAUGUCGCUUAUAAAGCAUAGCUAUGAAAAGUGUGAUUCUGGACUAUUCUCUGGUUUGGAUAUCCUAUGGGAGAGAGGUUAGAAGGGGAGUAAAUGCAAAAUCAAUUUCCAGUUAGAUUUAAUUAUACCUCUGGCACUUGCGUGCCAUCUGCAUAAAUAUAU